UAAAAUGUAUUUCUGAUAGGUUUACAAAAUUGAUAUGUUUGUUGGGUACCAAAUUUUAUGUGUGAAUUGUAGUGAAAAAUGUUUGUUUGAGCCACCGAAAUUGUUGUUUCAUGUGUCCAGUGUAACAUCAAAAUGUCGCAACCAAGGGGAACAUUAGAGGUUCGAAAGUGCGGACUCUGCAAACGCGGUGGGGGGUUUACUAAAGUAUGUAACCCCUUGAGUUAUAAUACGAAUGCACGGGUUAAGAAAUUGACUGGAUCCAAUCCAUUUAUCAAUACUGAUGACGUGCAAAAUAAAUGCAUAAGAGUGACCAGCCCCUGUGUAAAAAGAAAAAGAAAAUGGCCAAUGAUGCGAGGAAAUAGCAGUCAGACCAGCGAUAUAAUAUUCAAAGAUAAGACGACACAAUUUCCAGACGACCUAGUACAUAAUAUUCAAAAGAUCGAGGUGGUUGAAUACGAGGUCACCAAGGAAACUGGUGAGAAAGAAGUGUUAGUUACAAAAACAGAAUCGCUUACCAGAUUUAUAAGCUCUAAAAAUAAUAAAAGUAAAGACUUGCACAAAACUGAGUCAAUUACCAAAUUUGAUGGUACUGGUAAAGAAAUAAGUAAAGAACUGGUAACUCUUUAUGAACCAAAUCCGAGCUUCAACAAUUCGGCAGGCAAAACGGAGUCGGCAAACCAGAAUUAUGCUUCAUCAGAGAACGCGCAAGUAAGGGCAAAAUAUACUAAAGAAACUACUGCUGAUAGCCAACUAAAGAAAACAGAAUCUGAAACCACAUUUAGAGAGCCUGGAAGGGAAGUUACUAGAAGAAAUCGAAAUGCUACGCUAACAACAUAUGGAGAUACGGAAAGAAAACCAAAAGUUUCGCUGUCAGGUCCAGUUGUUCAAAAACGAGUUGAAAGACGAAAACUCGGCUCUAGCAUAAGACCCGGGAAAUCUAUAGAUAGUGUCAGAUCUAUAAUACUUAGAAAUCUCAAUAAAAAUAUACCCAGAAGUGGAGGGGGAAAAAUUGAGAGUUCUAUCAUUGUGGCUCAAAAUAAGUUUUCAGUAAAAGCUAAUAUAAUGCCGAAGUAUAAAUGUUGUCGAAGGCCUCCAACUAAACGUAAGAGCAUACAGUCCAGUCAAGUAGAAGUACUCGAAACAAUCACUCCAUUGAUACCGCCAUCGUAUGAAUGUUUCACAAGUGAUCAACAAAAAAGGGCUCACCGAAGAAUAUCAACAAAUGUCAGAGCCGGCCUAGCUUGCAAUGAUCGUUCAACUAUCGGCACUGCAAAGAGUAGAAAUUCGGCAAGAGACACCGCCCAAAUCAAUUCCAGUAAAAACAUAACUAUCAAACAAUUAGUGAGGAAGGCUCUACAUCUAGAACCCGCUAAAGAUGACACUGACAUUUCAGCUAGCAAUCAGUCGAGGAAGAGGUCAUCAGAAAGUACACCUACACCUAUGGCGUCCGGUCGGACUUCCAAUAACGAUCCAGUAACUGAACAAUCUAGGAGGGGGACUGCAGAAAAUACAGCUGCAAAUAUGAAAUCAAGUUACACUUCGUUAACCGAGGGAACAAAAAGGCGGUCGUCAGAAAGAUCCCCUCCAAAAGUCGAGUCACAUGUUGCUUCCGAUGAGAAUGCGAGAGCCAGUACGGAGAGCAGAAGAGCUUCAAAAAAUUCACAACAGACCAAUGUUGUUUCCAAUGAGAAUCCAAGAGCCAGUACCGAGAGCAGGAGAGCUUCAAAAAAUUCACAACAGACCAAUGUUGUUUCCAAUGAGAAUCCAAGAGCCAGUACCGAGAGCAGGAGAGCUUCAAAAAAUUCACAACAGACCAAUGUUGUUUCCAAUGAGAAUCCAAGAGCCAGUACGGAGAGCAGGAGAGUUUCAAAUAAUUCACAAACAAAAGCCGAGCUAAGUCAAUCUCAAAGUGACAGUCCAAGAACUUCUGUAUCUAAAAAGGGGACUACAUCUAAUAUAGCUGAAAAUACCGAGUCUAGAACCGAUUACUUAAUCGAGAAAGCCAAAAAUACAGUAACAAAAUCACCUCCGAAAAUCGAAUCCCAGGUUGUUUCUGAUGAGAAUUCAAAAAUAUACAAAGAGAGCAAGAGAACUUCAGUAAAUUCACCUCGAAAAAGCGAGCCUACCGAUAUUCCCAAUGACCUUGCUGCUGGGACUGCAAGCAUUAACGUAGAAGACCAACAAAGAACUUCAAAAAGCAACAGCCAAAGAAACUCUAAAGAUAUGGCGGAACAGGAACAACCCUUUGCUGAAACUCAACAAUCAAAUCAAUUGAAUGACACAGCUGAACCUGCCCCAGCAGUAAUAAAAAUGCGUGUUUAUACAGAAACUAAAGAGGUUACCAACGAUGAGGCGGGGAAUGUAUUGCAAACGGUGUAUAAAGUUGAAUCUGAAUCGAAUACUGAGAUCAACGAACCACCUAUCUAUAAAGAGGAGCCAGAAGAGGGACCAGAAGAGGAACCAGAAGAGGAACCAGAAGAGGAACCAGAAGAGGAACCAGAAGAGGAACCAGAAGAGAAACCAAAAGAAAAACCUAAAGUAAUAAAACCAAUCCCCAAAAAAUGUAACAAUUGCUGUAGGGGAUCGCCGUGCUCGAAUUCCUGUGGCUGUCGAUGCCCCUGUUACUAUCAAAUGUGCUGUAUGCAUGCUUGCAAUAACUGCAUGACAUAUCCAGCAAGACCGAAAUGCAAUGGAGCCUGUUGUUCUCGCAACUGUGGUGCCUCUUCGAACUGCUGCCACUCUCGAAAUCAUUGAAAACUUCUCUGAAUCCCAAGCAUUAACUAUAGUCCGUAUUUGAAUAGCAGCCUAAGCACACAAAAACUAAUAAAUAUAAUGCCCAACAACAAUUGCCAA